AUGGCCGACGAGGGUCAUUACAGCUUCUUUGAGGAGGCUUUUUUUAACCGCCACGAACCUUACGAACUUCUUUAUGGCGACAACGACAACGAUGCCGACUUCGCAGACCGUUUUGGUUAUGAGGGCGAGUGGGGCAUGGAUGAGAACGACUUCGCCUCCAUUCAGCGCAACUCAAGUUUGGAACCCAUUGACGAGCCCUUCCUUCUUCAAGAAGGAGGCCUAGGCGCUGCAGAAAAGUCCUCUGUUUCACCCCUGAAGAACUUCAGUAGUACUUUCCACAACGCCCUCACUCCUAACUUGGAGGAUGCGGCAAUCAUUCUCAAUUCCCCCAACGCCGCUCCCGAACCCGUUGCUUUUUCCAAGGACAAGAACCUUAUCACCAAGGACGAUGCCGUUUCCUUCGGAGACGACUCUAGCAUAGAGUUGGACAAUCUCCAACAUGUCCAGUUCUCAAACGUCGACAACCAGUAUAGAGUAGACACUACUGCCCACACGUCGGAAAGCGUCUUGGACAACUCUAUCACCAGUAACAGCCACACCACUCCUGGCCUUGAUCACGAAAUUAAACGCAGUGAAACCGCUCAUGCCUCAUUCGAUCCUCGCGGGGCCGUGAACUCUCAGUGCACCAUGUCGGAUCCUGAGCAUGACAGCUUGAUGGUUGAACAGAACGACCACAGCAUCAAUGUGGAUGAUCACAAUGCCUCUUCUCUGGAAGGCGCCACGUGCAACAAACAUAACAUCGCAAAUGCCUACAUCGAUCAAUCAACCAAGACAAACACCGACACUCACACCAAGGCUGUGAGCUCUGGCGUCCAUAACGCUGUUCGGAGAAAUCAGCAUCAACCGCAGGGGGAGACUGUUACACCUUCCUACGUUGAAGCGGUGUGCCACAAGUUUGCUGCACUUGACGUGAAGGACGGCUUGGACAGGCCCGUUGUUAACGCUAGCAAUGCAACACCUGUCCCUGCCUGCUUUCUGGUGCCCAUUGUGUCGUCAGACCAAUGCGGCGUGACUACUACCACCGAUGGCGUCCAGUGUGCCGAUAAGGGCAGGGCGCAGAGGGAAAGACGUGCUCGGCUAGCCGCCGAGGCGGAGGCGGCGAGGGCCUUGGAGGAGUCGCAAGCUCAGGAUGGUAUUGAACAGACCCAGCCGGGUGUUGGACAGGCUCAACAGGGUCAUUAUCAAGCUCAGCAAGCUGGCAAUCAUACCUCACCCCAGCAGGACAAUCUUCCAGCCCAGCAGGAUGUUCCUCAGGAUCAGCAGGCUAAUCCCCAAUCUCAACUGGGUACCUCUAAUGGGCAGGCCGGAGUCGAACCAGUCCACUCCAUGCCAUCAUCCUCCAGAAGCGCUAGGGGAUCCUCCAUUUUGACCGGCAAAGGUGUUACUUCGGGAAGGGUCCAAAAGGCCCACCGCAAGGGAAAGAAGUAG